AUGGCAUCCACGGUGGUAGACACGGUGCUGCAGCUGCUCGACCAGCUGCCGCCCAUCAUCCAGCAAUUCAGCCCCAAGAACUCCCCAGAGACCUAUCUCACAGUGUUGGCUGCCAUUGUCCUGGCUUAUUCGAAUUGGCUUCUGUUCCAAUCGUUGAGCAAUCGGCCGAUCCCAUACAAGGUUUCUCCGCCAGAGCGGCCUGAGAAGCCAGAGAUCCUCGAGAAGCCAUCCAUCAAGGUCGAAGGCUCGAACACGAUCCGCUGCUACGCCCCCGCGACUGGCGAGCUUCUUGGCUACGUGGAGCCGGCAACACCAGAGACGAUUGACCGUGCCAUCGAGGAAGCCCAUGAGGCUCAGAAGAAGUGGGCGAACACAUCGUUUAACGAGCGCCGUGCCGUUUUGCGGACUCUUCUCCAGCAUGUUCUGGACAACCAGGAGCAGAUCUGCCGUAUUGCUUGUCUUGACAGUGGCAAGACCAUGGUGGAUGCGCAGCUCGGCGAAGUUCUCGUCACUGUAGAGAAGCUCCAGUGGACCAUCAAGCAUGGCGAGAAGGCUCUGGUGCCCGAGCGCCGCCCUACUAACCUGCUCAUGACCUACAAGCGAAACACUGUCCGCUACGAGCCCCUGGGUGUCGUUUCUGCAUUGGUCAGCUGGAACUACCCCUUCCACAACCUGAUCGGUCCCGUCAUCAGCGCUAUCUUCUCCGGCAACGGUAUCCUCGUCAAGGUCUCUGAGCAGACCGCCUGGAGCUCUCAAUACUUCACCAAGCUCAUCCGCGGCGCUCUGAUUGCUCACGGCCACGAUCCCCGUCUCGUUCAGACCGUCGUCUGCUGGCCCGAGGUUGCUGGCCACAUCACCUCACACCCGCGUAUCAGCCACAUCACUUUCAUCGGCUCACGCCCUGUCUGCCACAAGGUUGCUGCCUCGGCUGCCAAGGCUCUGAUUCCUGUGGUCGCUGAACUGGGCGGCAAGGACGCCUCGAUCAUCCUCGAUACAGUCAGCAAGAGCGAUCUCCCCCGCGUCGUCGAGAUCCUCAUGCGCGGCAGCUUCCAAGCCUCUGGCCAGAACUGCAUCGGCAUCGAGCGCAUCAUCGCCGCUCCCGGUAUCUACGACAAGUUAGUCUCGCUCCUCGAACCUCGUGUCCGCGCCCUGCGUCUCGGCCAAAACGCCGAUGUUGGGGCUAUGAUCUCUGACAAUAACUUCGCUCGCCUCGAGGGCCUCAUCGCUGAGGCUGUCUCUCGCGGCGCCCGUCUGCUUGUCGGCGGCAAGCGCUACGCCCACCCGGAUUACCCCAAUGGCCACUACUUCUCCCCGACCCUGCUCGUAGACGUCACCCCAGACAUGGCCAUCGCCAACGAGGAGUGCUUCGCCCCGAUCAUGGUCAUCAUGCGCGCGCCGUCCCCUUCAGCAGAGGACAUUCUGGCAGUCGCCAACGCUCCCGACUUUGGCCUAGGCAGCUCGGUCUUCGGCGCCGACUCGGACCCGCGCAUUCCCAAGAUCGUGCGCGGCAUCAAGGCCGGCAUGAUCUCGGUCAACGACUUCGCCGCUACCUACGCGGUGCAGCUGCCAUUCGGCGGCGUCGCUGGGUCCGGGUACGGCCGGUUCGCCGGCGAGGAGGGCUUGCGCGGGCUGUGCAACGUUAAGGCUGUCUGCGAGGACCGCAUGUCGUGGCUUGGCGUGCGCACCGCCAUCCCGCCGCCGAUGCGUUACCCUGUCGUGGACCAAGAGCGCAGCUGGCGGUUUGCUAAGGGCAUUGUGGAGGUUGGCUAUGCCAUGGGGCUUUGGGGAAAGCUGGCUGGUGUGUUGGGGAUUGUGAAGAACAGCUAA